AUGUUUUACAGGAACUUCUACUACAUAACCAUCCUCCGUGAUCCUGUUUCUCGAUAUCUAAGUGAAUGGAGGCAUGUCCAGAGAGGAGCGACCUGGAAGGCUUCUCUGCAUGUAUGUGAUGGAAGAUCCCCAACCACAGAUGAGUUGCCUAGCUGUUACACUGGAGAUGAUUGGUCAGGCUGUUCUUUGAAGGAGUUUAUGGAUUGCCCCUAUAAUUUAGCCAAUAACAGACAAGUUCGUAUGUUGGCUGAUUUGAGCUUGGUAGGAUGUUACAACCUAUCUGUGAUGCCAGAGGAGCAGCGAAACAAGGUUCUUCUUGACAGUGCCAAGGAAAACCUUAAGCGCAUGGCUUUUUUUGGUCUGACGGAAUUCCAGAGGAAGACCCAAUAUCUUUUUGAAAAAACUUUCAACAUGAACUUCAUUUCUCCUUUCACUCAAUUCAAUAGCACGAGGGCGUCAAGUGUGGAGAUAGACGACCUGACGCAGAAACGUAUUGAGACAUUGAAUUUUCUAGACAUGGAGUUAUAUGAAUAUGCAAAAGACCUUUUCUUACAAAGAUAUCAAUUUAUGAGACAAAAAGAACACCAGGAAGCAAGACGGAAGCGCCAGGAACAACGGAAAAUCUUGCGAGCAAAACAUGCAAAUCACAAACUGGAUAUGGACAACUCAACUGCUGAUUAUAUAGGGAAUGUGGAGAAAUGGCGGUAG